AAUCAUGGUGAGUAAAUGUUCACCAACAAUCAAUUGAUGCUGAACUUUCGUACGUUCGACGCGCGUGUUUGCCGGCGAAUGUGUAAAUAGUUAGAAUAUACUUUUGUUUUAUUUAUAUAAAUAGUAUACACAUACCUUAUCAGUAAUGUCGCAAUUGCCUAUGAACCCCAAACCAUUCCUGAAUGGAUUAACAGGAAAACCAGUGAUGGUGAAACUGAAAUGGGGCAUGGAAUACAAAGGCUACCUGGUGUCUGUUGAUGGAUACAUGAAUCUACAGUUGGCAAAUACUGAAGAAUAUGUAGAUGGCGCACACACAGGAAACUUAGGAGAAGUACUUAUAAGGUGUAAUAAUGUUUUAUAUAUUCGAGGAGUGGAAGAAGAGGAAGAAGAUGGAGAGAUGAGGGAGUAAGACAGAAUAUUUCAAGAAUGGAUUUAGUUUGAUCUCAUUUCUAGUAGACAUUGGGACAGGAGCUGUAUGUGAUCGACUGUCAAAUGCCUUUCAACAAGUGAAAAAUCAUUAGAAGCAUUCCCCAAAUUAAUAGUAAACAUUCAGAAUGAAACAAAGGAUGUUUCAAUAUUGGACCAGCCUUCCCACAAUAAAAGUUUUAUUUGGGAUGUUACGAAAAUGCUUCGUCUGGAAUCAACCGGUUAUGUCUGGUUGUUUUAUAAAUAAAAUAUGAGGGAACAGUCAGAUGGGAACAUCAACAAUGACAACGUAGUAAUGUUUUUGUGUACAUUUUAAUUUUACCAUUAUUGCAAAUGGAGCAAUAGGUACCUUGCUAAUUCGAGAGCGUCGCUUAUUACCAUCUAUUCCACAAAAGCCUAUCUGACUUGGUGCAAUGCUAGUAUUUUAAUCCGUAUUAUUUUGGGUAGUGACCCGAUGAUACAAAACAUAGCAUGUUGGUGAUGUUCGAUUAAGCACCACAACCAUUUCGAAAAUAUAUAUUUCAAAUGUGUAUUUGUUGAGAGAUCUGUUUAGCGAACAGGUUUGGUACGGUCCUUAUUAUACCAGAAGCAGCCCCACAGUACUUGGCAUUCCAUUCAUGAUUUUAAGGUGGUAAUAGAUACACAUGAAUUCUUGCACCUUUCUUCUUCCCCACCCUCAUUUAAAUGAGGGUUUUGAAAGUUUCACUUUAAAAAUGCAUUUAAAUCAUUUUGGAUUUUCCAAGAAAAGGUGUAAUCAUGAUUCUUAGUAUUUUUAUUUUUGGACAAUGUAAAAGUACUUGUAAAUUGUUCAAUGUAUUUGAUAGUUUUGUACAUGGGUGUAACAAAUUAAAAGCAGUUCAUUUGCUAAAAAAGAGGGA